AUGGUGAUGAAGCGCCACCGUCAAGGCCUCGACUAUUCCUCCCUCAUAAAGCCCCUCUCAUACAACGUGUGGAGCUGGGUUGGACCCGACGAGAUCAAGGCCUCGGCCCGCAUCGUCGACGGCUCCCUCCUCCUGCGCCAACAGCACGUCCUCCUCGUCCACCCCAACAGCGACUUUUUCGUUCACCCACGACACCAUCAUGAUUUGCCCGCACGUCGAGCAGCCCCAGUCGACGUUGACCGCACGCCCACCGCGGUCGAGUGUGAGUGCUGCGCCCACCAGGGGGAGAUGGACGAGGGGAACUGGUCCGGGAUGAUAAUAUGCUGCGACUGCGCGACCGAAUUUGGGAUUGGGCAGGAGGGGAAGGUGUUCGUGGUGACAAGGUGGAAGGAUCUGGGAGAGGGGAGGGAUGGGAAUGAUCCGGUGUGGCGCGCGCAUCUGAUGGAGCCGUGGUUGGGUGGAGGGUCGGGGAGGAGGGCGGGGGGGAGGACGAUUUAUUAA